AUGAAUCAGACUCAAGAAAAAUCUAGAUUACAAUCUGUCAAACGAUUUUUCAGAGAUGCAACAUUGCAAGACCUUGGUAAAGGUAUUGCUUAUGGAGUCUAUUAUUCUAAGACUCAUUUAGUUGACUCCUUCGUUAUAAUCCCCUCGGGGAUUUUGGUGUUAUUCACAAUAUUGUAUGGUUUUAAUCAACUUUUAAGUAACGUUUUGAAGAUCCGAUUUCCCAGUUCGGUGUUAGGAAUGUUGAUAAAUUUGAUAUUAUUGAGUGUCUUGAGUGUGUUAGCUGAAUUGCAAAGUACCGAUAAGACUUCAUUGAAGUAUAAAAUUAGUAAAUGGAGUUCAUUUAUCUUCACUAAUUAUUUAAGGUUAAUUAAGCCGUCGAUGAAUUUUACAUUGAAAUGGAUAAAUGUCUUUUUUAUUCCAUCUUUCAUUAUAUUGCCAUUAUCGGAUCCAAUAUCAUUCAUAGAAUGCUUGAAGAUUGCUGGGGUCUUUGCUGUUGGUUUUCUUAGUCUCUUUUGUAUUGAUGUUUAUUUGAUCUUAGGCUUGAAAUGUGUCUAUAGAAGUUUUGGUUUCAUGAAAGGUGAUGAUAAUCCAAGUCAUGACAACAAGCAAAACACCCCUGAAGUAGGAGAUGAUGAUGGUGAAGGAAUAGAGGAAAUCGAAUUACAAAGCUUGAGUAAUAGUGGGGAUGGUGCUAUAACUACUAUGACGGAUAAUAUGAGAGACGAUAUAACCACCAUCGAUUUAUCGAGUUUGAGGACUACCAAGAAUGAACCAGUAGUGAAUAAUAGCAUUAAUGAGAACCCGUUUACUCAAGAAGUCUCUAUGAACUCAGUGGAUAUUCCAAAUAUUCCUGAACCUGGUCCAAUUCACUUACGGGACUCGCAGCCCCCUCCUAGUGUAAAGCUGACACCGGUUAGUACUGUUGCAAGAUCAAAUUUCCUAUCAGUGGCCUCGUCGUCUCAAUCUGAACAAUUAUUCGCAAACGAUAACUUGACCAAAUCUUGUCAGAGUAUAAUAAUAUUUAUUACUAAUUAUAUUGACUGGAUAUUAUACUUCAUGUUAUUCAUUGUAUCAUUACCAUUUUAUUAUAUUAAGUCAAUUCAUGUUUUUUUGCCAUAUCAUUUGGGUUUGACAAUAAUAUCUUACUAUAUUGCAUUAUUAAUUCCUUUGAGGUGGCCAAAAUUGAAGAAAAUUGCACAUCCAAUUUUAAUCCUGACAGCUGAAAUCCUUUUCGUAUGUUUUAUAGGCUCUUUGAUAUUUCACAAGGGUGAAUUGAAAGGAUUUUUAGAUGACUUGAAGUUUUACAAAACAGGUAAGACAUAUCUCAACUUAUUCAACGACAAGGUCUUACUAAAUAGUGGAAAAAUUGACCAUGAAUUAGAUUCCGACUACACGGCCACUCCAAAAUGGCCUGGAUGUGGAGAUGUUUUGUCUUCAUUGAUGGACAUUUCCAUUGUUUCGCUUUCUUUGCCGAUGUUUACUCACAGAAAGGACUUCUUAAAGAACUUCUGGGUUCUAGUUCCCCCCAUAUUAAUAUCUAUAGCAUUAACUUUCUUCUGUUACCCUAUAAUCUGUUACAAUAUAGGUAUUGCAUCACAAAGAUCAAUAGGAUUCAUAGGAAGAUCUGUUACACUAGCAUUGGGUACUCCAUUAAUUGAUGCUCUAGAUGGCUCAAUAUCGUUAAUGGCUGUUUGUACCAUAUUGAGUGGUAUAUGUGGAGUAUUAGUAGGAGAUACUUUAUUUAGAAUGUUGAGGGUUUCUAAGGACGAUUAUGUUACAAGAGGUGUUAGCUUAGGCAUAAAUUGUGGUGCCAUUGCAACUGCCCAUUUAUUAAAUGUUGAUCCUAGAGCUGCUCUGAUGAGUUCGUUAGGUUUUAGUAUAUUUGGUACAAUCAUGGUCAUUAUGGCAAGUAUUGGUGCUGUUAAAGAUCUUAUUAAAUCGUGGGUUGGAUUGUAA